GCUUUUCUCUUGUUAAUCUUAGGUCAAUUUAGUUAUUAGACCAGCCAAAGAACCUAGAAGGGAAGAAGAGAAAAUUUCCUGCCCUUAGCUGUACAAGGAGUGUGCCCUGAAAGAUAACACUUGUUCUUGUCCUCUCUGACCAUUGGAGUUGGAAUGGCUGCAGUGUUCCUUCCACGGGCUCCUGAAGAGCCAGAGGGGCUCUUCAAAGUAAACAAAAAAGAAGGUCCUGCCGAAGUUCAGGGAUCUGGCCCACAGGGCAGCAGCCCAAAUAGCCAGGAGUUAUUCCGCCAGCGCUUCCGACAGUUCUGCUAUAAGGAGACUCCUGGACCCCGUGAGGCCUUGAGCCAACUCUGGGUGUUCUGCUGUGAGUGGUUAAGGCCUGAGAUACACAGCAAGGAGCAGAUGCUGGAGCUGCUGGUGCUGGAGCAGUUCCUCACCAUCUUGCCCGAGGAGCUCCAGGCCUGGGUCCAAGAGCAUCACCCGGAGAGCGGGGAGGAGGCCGUGGCUAUGCUGGAAGAUCUGGAGAAGGAAUUGGAUGAACCAGGCCAACAGGUUUCAACCCAGACCUGUGCACAGGAACUGCUUUCUGGGACAUCAGCACCUCUGGAUCCAGCUAAGGAAGCAACAUAUCUUCAGCCUCAACCCAUGGAGAUCCAGGACCCUCAACACCAACAGGACUGUGAUGAUGUGAUCGGAAUUGAGAAAGAAGAACUGAUUCAAAAGCAGAAGUUUACUAUAGAUAUGGAGUCUCCCAAAAAGUCUUCUGGCCAAAUGAAUGGAAAAGUCCCUGAAUGUGGAGAAACCCAAGAACAUGAAGGAGGGACAAAAAGAUAUCAGAGAAACACUUCAGCUGAGAGAAGAUGUAAGUGUGAUGAAUGUGGGAGAAGAUUCACUCAAAACUCAAGCCUCAUUAGACAUAAAAGAAUCCACCCUGGAGAAAGACCCUAUUCAUGUAACGUGUGUGACAAAACUUUCAUUCAGAGCGCACAGCUUAUUGACCAUCAGAGACUACAUAACCGGUUAAAACCCUAUCGGUGUGAUGAGUGUGGAAAAGCCUUUUAUUACAGUUCACAGCUUGUUCAGCAUCAGAGGACCCACACUGGAGAAAAACCGUUCCAAUGCAAUGAGUGUGGGAAAGCUUUUCACUACAGCUCAGGCCUUGUCCGACACCAAAGGACCCACACAGGAGAGAAGCCGUACCAGUGUGGCGACUGUGGGAAGGCUUUCUGUCUGAGCUCACAUCUGAUUCAGCAUCAGAGAGUCCAUACCGGAGAGAAGCCGUACCAGUGCAGUGAGUGUGGGAAAAGCUUCAGCCAAAGCUCGGGCCUCUUCCAUCACCAGAGAAUCCACAGUGGGGAGAAACCCUACGAGUGUGACAAGUGUGGGAAGGCCUUCAGUCACAGCUCGGCUCUGGUGGGACACCUGCGCAUCCACAGCGGAGAGAGGCCUUAUGAGUGCGACGUGUGCAGGAAAGCUUUCAGUUACAGCUCACAUCUUCUGGGACACCGAAGAAUCCACACUGGAGAGAAGCCCUAUGAGUGUGAUGUUUGCGGGAAAGCUUUCCGGCGGAGCUCACACCUCAUUGUACAUCAGCGAGUCCACGCUGGAGAGAAGCCCUAGUAAUUGUUGGUACUGACCAGCAAUUCCGCAGAAGGCCAGAAAGGCACAGCCAGCAGAGGACACCACCGUGACAGUGGCGUGGGGAAUUCUGUGAUCACCACUGCACUUUUCACGGUCAUUAGAAAAGACUUUUAGAGGCUGAGCAGGUUAUCACCUCUCAGCUUAUCAAACAAGCACAUCCUCCCACAUCUUAAACAUCCUUCUCUGAAGCAGCGGCUCGGGAAGCCUCAGUGAUCCACGAGAUAUGUACUCCGCAGUCGCAGAGAUGGCAGCGGUCUUGGAGACGGAGUGUUCCUCUCCCUUCCCUUCUUCCCCCUAUUUUGUUGGGAAUUAGAGUAAUGAUCUUGCAUGAGGUGUGAAUUUAGAGUUAACAUCUCAUCUGCAUUUUAAAAAUCCUGAAUUUUAGAUCAGCUUGAUAAAAAGCAGCUUAUCAAUUAUCUACACUGAAAACAUUGUGCACACAAAACCCACUCUGUAAUCUGGGAUGAACGACUCAUGUAGAUGGGAAAGUUCGGUGGGGCAAGAGGAUGGACGACGUACGUUCCAGUGUGACCUUUCACAUCUUCCACCAGAGGUGCCAAACAGGCCAGUGGGCUAUAUUGGGGAAAAAUA